AAGGAACACCGAUUCAAAAGAAAGUUUCUCAUUCCUGCGGACAUUUAUUGUGACAAACAGGACCCAAAUAUGCUAACUUUUUUGAAUCCGCUCAUCGAGAAGCUCAAUUCCUUAAAUGAUCGCGGAAUUCAUGUACCAGACAGUGCACAUGGGAAUAUAAAUGUUCGAUGCAUGCUUUUCGUGGCGACAGCCAAUUUGCCUGCCCGGGCAGACUUGAUGAACAUGAAACGCUUCAAUGGCAAAUGUGCUUCCCACCUUUGCAAGUCAGAAGGAAAAGGUUAUGGACCCAACAACAUCCACAGAUGCUGGCCUUUUCAACAAAACCUUGAGAAAAGGACUCACGAAGAUCAGUUGACAUAUGCGUCAAAGGCCACUCAGAGGAAAGCAGUGAUGGGAGUGAAAGGGCACUCCAUCUUUGCAAAACUGUUGUAUCCAUUUGAUCUGAUUCGAUCGUUUGCAAUUGAUUGGAUGCAUUGUGUUUGUCUCGGUGUUGUUAAGUAUAUUAUGCAGCUACAAAUGUCAGAUGGAAACAGAGACAAACCUUUUUAUCUAGGAGCAAAGAAAGCAUCCAUCUCACGCCAACUUCUAUUGAUUAAGCCGCCAGACAUUGUCAGAAGAUUGCCCAGAUCAUUAGAAGAUCUGAAACACUGGAAGGCCACAGAACUGAAGAACUGGCUAUUGCAUUAUUCGGUGGCAGUUUUAAGAAACAAAUUAAAUGCACUGUAUGCUUUUCACUGGUCUUUGCUUGUAGGCACAACAGGAAUUUUGUGUUCCGACUCAAUAUCCCACGAAGAUCUGAGACAUGCUGAUAGCAUGCUUCAGGAUUCUGUUCUUUUAAUGGGAAUAUUAUAUGGGCCCACACAAUGUACAAUGAACAUCCACCUUUUGCAACACCUUGCUUAUUACGUGUCA